ACAAAAAGUUCGCCCACAUCACAUCAUGCAUUCAAUACGGCGAGGCUGCUCGGCAGCGCUCAAAACCACCUCCAGGCCAGCCUACGCACUCAAUUGCCCCCACAGAGCAUUCUCGCAAUGCAGUCCGCUACGAAAAGGCUCCCUACCCUCCUUCCUCGAACCUUCCUCUGAAGACCUCGGAGCCGCCCUCGCAAAACUCAACUCCAAGGUCCUCCUCCCCGCACAGCUGUCCCCAGACCAGCGCAAGCUCGUCUUCCGGCCGUCCAACACGGCGCGCCUGGAGGCCGAAUCCGUGGAAAUCACACUGGGCGACGUGACGCUGCCGCUCGAGCACAUCAACCAGCGGACGGACACGCCCUCCAGAUGGGGUACCAUCAAGACGAUCGUGGACUCCAGCGAGACGCCCGAGGACUGGGAGAACGUGCUCCGCAUGCUGGAGGGGUUUGAAGAUGCUUCGCUGCACCUGAGCCCCGCGAGGAAGUGCAUGAUCAUUCGGUCGCUGAACAACGCGGGCAUGCAGCAUCUCGUGCUGAAGGCGCUACAGAGGGCGGACAAAACCGGUCUGCGGUUACGCGAUGAGGAGAUCGUGCUGAGGGUGUUCACGGGCUUCCACGAGAAGGCGCUGGAUGCCGAGUGGGGUGCCGCGGAGACGAAGAAGGCGUUGGGCUAUGCGGAGCAGGUCAUCGAUUUGAUGGAGGAGAAGACGCAUCUCGGGGGGAAGCCUGUCGGGCCUGGCGAUUUGAGGUCGAAUCCCGUGGUGAUUGGCGCGCUACUGGAGCUCGCUGCCGUGCGGGCGAAGAAGCAUACGGAGGGCAAGGACGUCGACGGCAAGGUCAAGAAGUACGCUCACAGAAUCAUGUCGGCUCACACGCAGGAUCCUUCCAUCAUGGAAACCCACCUCAGCCGCGCCCGCGCCUCCAUCGCCCUCAACAAAUUCAAAUCCAACCACGUCAAAGCCAGCACCCUCAACGCCCUGAAAUCAGAGAUCAUCUCCCUCAUCCCCCUCUACAUCGGCAUCAAGACCGCCAGCCAGGUCCUCGGCGCCGACAUGCCGCUCGCGCGCGAGGCCCAGACGCUCGCGAAGACGCUGCUGGACACCUUCACCGACGCGGAGAAGAAGCUGCUCGGCGAGGAGAAGAAGGGAUUUGUGAUUACUUUGGAUCAGUUUACGAGCGAGCUUAAGGCUGCGAGGGAGGUGUAGAGUAGAUUGAGGGGGUGUGGAUUGUAUUUUAUGUCGUCCCGUGGAGGGAAAGUCGGGGUGACGAAUGGAUAUGUAAACUUUGUAACAAAACGCACAGCAUCGAAGCACUCCGUAAAAAAGAAAUAGAAUCAUGUCUAACAACUUAAAAUUAAACAGAG